AUGGCUCGUCGGCAUCGAAACCCCCUGCACGAUCCUCUCCACUAUGCAACGCCGCAGCCUGCCUCGGGUCCGCCUGUGACGUAUGCUUCGGCUUCUCGCCUUCUGUGCGGGUAUGACUACGUAAUCGUCGGUGCUGGUGCAGCUGGAUGUGUUCUCGCCAGCAAGCUUUCGGAAGAUGCAAAUGUCUCGGUUCUGCUACUUGAAGCAGGAGGAGAUAACACCAGUAUUUUGGAGACUAAAGUCCCUCUAAUGUUUCCAAAGCUCUUUCACACGGAGCAUGACUGGAACUACUACACGGUCGAACAGCCGAGUCUCGCAUAUCGAAAGCUGUAUUGGCCUCGCGGACGUGUACUUGGAGGCUCAACUUCGCUCAAUGCUAUGAUGUACCAUCAUUGCUCAAAAUCCGACUUCGAUGAAUGGGCUACUGAUUACGGAUGCGACGGCUGGAGCUACAAUGAUUUGGCGCCUUUCUUUCGCCGUAUGGAAAAGUUCACUCCGAACCUCACACGACCGGCCAUUGAUGUGAAACAUCGCGGCUCUACCGGCGACUGGCACACAGGCUACUCAUGGCUCUCCGAGAUCAUGGACAAAGGGUUCCUGCCGGCUUGCCAGGAUGCAGGAAUACCUUUAAGUGCCGAUGUGAAUACCUCUGACGGUAGUCUCGGAGUGACUCGAUUUCAAACGUUCAUCGAUUCCAAGGGGCAGCGUUCGUCUUUAGCUACCGCCUUUCUAACACCCGAUGUCCUUCAGAGGCCAAAUCUCUAUGUAGCCUGUCAUUCCCAUGUCACACGCAUUCUUUUUGAUAGGCUCACUACCAACCAGCCUACUGCGAUCGGCGUUGAGUUUCAAACCAAGCAAAAGGGCAUUCUUUUCGAGGUCCAUGCUCGGAAAGAGGUCAUCCUCUCUGCCGGUUCCAUCAACACCCCACAAACUCUUCUUUUGAGCGGGAUUGGUCCCAAAGUAGAGCUCGAACGCCACGGCAUUCCCAUUCUUCAAGAAAAUGACGCAGUAGGGCGAAACUUGAAAGACCACCUCUGUCCCACAGGCAUCAUCUGCAAAGCAAAGCCAAACACAACCCUAGACUAUCUUUCCAACACAUUCAAAGCUUUGCCAGCUUUACUCCAGUGGAUGACCUUGGGACGAGGACCUUUGACCAGCAAUAUUGCGGAAGCCGCUGCCUUUCUCCGCUCGGCCGAUUUCACCUUUCCUCAAUCAUCUGGCUCUCUAACGGACUACGGUUCUGGGAGUAUUGGACCGGACUUGGAGAUUAUUGGGGCGCCCUUGGCUUUUAUCCAUCAUGGAGAGGAGCGCCCACCAGACGAAAGCGAUGCGUUUAGUAUUAUCCCAAUCAUCCUUCGUCCUCAGAGCAACGGCACCAUCACACUUCGGAACAAGGAUCCAUUUGAACCACCUAUCAUCGACCCAAAAUACCUGUCUGAUAAGGACAACAAUGACCUAAACGUUCUGUUGACCGGUCUUCGGAUCUGUCUGAAAAUAGUGCGAAGCCCGGCCCUCCAAAGUUAUCUAGAGCCUGUUCCUGUCAACGAUGACCCAACAUCCGCAUGGUGGCCCUACUCAAGUAGCAACGUUGAAGCCAUCUCGGAUAAGGACCUUAUUCGCUUUAUGCAAGAGAAAGCCUUCACACUUUACCACCCAGUUGGCACGGCCCGCAUGGGCUCAGACCCAAAAACGAGCGCUGUCGACCUAAACUGUCGAGUCCAUAAUGUGAAAGGCUUGCGGGUUAUGGAUGCGAGUGUGUUUCCCGAGCAAGUUAGUGGACAUCCAACUGCUCCCAUUGGUGCAUUGGCCUACAAGCUUAGCGACAUGAUCAAGCAAGAUCGUCGCGCAGAUGCACCGUUGUCAGCGAACUUGUAG